UUUGACUCAACUAGCAGAACAUUCAUUUCCUUGCAAGUACUUAUAUAGUGCCCAUGAUGUUUUGAGCUUUGACUUGUAUUGUCUUCGAUCAGAUUUGUCUUUCAAUUUUUUUUCUGAUCUAAAAUUAUUAUCAAUAUCAAAGCUUGCUAAGUGGCCAAUCGUUUUGUUUUUUGUUGUCCAGCCACCGAAAUAAUUGCCCUGAACUUGGGGCAUCCACACCACCUUUCACUUCAUUUUUCUUUUCUUUUUUUCUCUCAAUCCACCGUUGAUCCUCCAUCAUGGACCCCUACCAGUAUCCCACCACCGGCAAACCGCCACAACGGCCACCGCCACCGCCACCAUCUCCAAAAAAAGAAAUUCAAAUCCAAGGCCCUAGACCUUCAGCGCUAAGACUCCACCAGGGCUCUCACAAAAUCAAGAAGCCACCCCUCCCUCCUCAAAGACAACCUGUCAUCAUCUAUGCAGUCUCUCCAAAGAUCAUCCACGCAGAGGAAUCCAACUUCAUGGCCGUCGUCCAGCGGUUAACAGGUCUCUCCUCCGCUGAUUUCUCCCACGACGGGUCUGUUUCUCCAGCUGCAAGACUUGCUGCCACUGAGAAAGCAAGUCCAAGAGAAUUAACGAGACCAAGUACCAUUAAUGAUAGUAGUAAUGAUGAUCUCAUGGAGAUGAUUGAGGAACUGGAUUUUGGUCAAUUUCCAGGGAUCUUGUCACCGGCACCAGCGGCGCUACCGCCGGUACCAACUGGGUUCUUCUCACCCGUGUCGACGGAUGCAAAUAUUUCACAAUCUUUCUGGAAUGAUAAUUAUAGUAUGAGUCCAUUAUUUACGGCCAGCCCUUCAGGUUUCUUCUCAGGUUCUGGGAUAGUUUCUCCUCUGCAUUCACCAGAUAUUUUUAGCAGCCUGUUCAUGGAUCUCUAGACAAGAAAAGGAAAGGAUUGUGAAGACUUUAGGGUUUAGUUUCGGAUUGGAUUCUUGUUUUGACCAAGACAAGAAGGGGUGGUUGGAUUCUCGCAUUGACUUUUAUUUAGAAGACGAUUCAAGAUCAAUAAGGUUUGGAAAAAUUGUUGUAGAUUUUGUUAGUGGUUUAAGGCUUUUGUGGUUAAUUGCAACUUGUACCUAUACAAUUAGCAACAUUUGGAGAUAUUUAAUUUCUACCUACUCUUAUAUUUUUA